AUCACGUCUUGUUGUGAUUCACUCUUAUUGUGUAAAAAAAAUAAAGCAUUGAAAGCAAGCGCUAAUGCAGGACUUGAACUAACACCGCAUCGUAGGCCUAUUUUGAUUCGCAAUGUGGUUACAGAUCAUAACAGAUGUCACCCCACGGAAGCAGUUUUGAUUUCCCCGACCAAGCCGGCUGUAAGGCAGUUGCUUUCGCUUUGGCAUAAUCGAAACUUACGACCCAUUGAAAAAGAGACUGCGCUCGCAGCUCUCAGACCUUUGAGAGAUAGCUAGAGGAGAGGCGGUACGAUUUAACGGCGCAUGGAAACUGAACUGCGUCUAUACUGACAUGUCUGGAAGAGGAAGCCAGCACCGGGUCAGGCCACCCCAACAGCAGGGUCGCGGCAGACCAGCAAGGAGAGAGUCGCAAGGGACAGGUGAACGUGUGGGGAACAGCGCCCCUGGUGGCCACUCUCACAACAGAAGGGGGGGCGACGGGUCCCAGCCCCACGGCAGGGAGGCGGAGGCCGGCGGGAGGCCGCCGCGGAGACGCGCAGGAAGAGCUCCUUUUCAGUACUGUCCCCCCCUUCUCUCGGUCGCUCCAACAACACUGGAUCUGACCAGCUCUUUCAGCCCGGGUGGAGGUCCCCUCCAAAACCGUGAGAGAGGAAGGCAGGAUAGACCAGUGAAUGCACCCACCCAGAACAGCUGCAGGAGAGGCAACCAGCACAGUUCCCAGGGACGCAUCCCAAGGCACUCUCUCCACACAACUGGCGACUCUGCUGCAGGAACACAGAGACCCCCCGUAAAUCGCAGACCCCCGAGUCGCACUGGAAACCACAAUACGAAUGAACAUGGCUCACAGGGAAGUCAGCUGCGUCCCUCACACAGGACGCUAAGUCAGCCGAACCUGUCAGACCUGGGCCGUCAUUCCCAGGACCACCACCGGAGGGCCAGGAACAGCCAGGAAUCCCAGGACCCCAUGUCCAAGGCGAGUCACCGGCUGGACUUCCGCUCGCUGGAGAAGAUCCUGCAGAUGGAGCCGUCGGAGGUGGUCAUGAAGCUGGCAGCGCCGGGCAGUGGCCUGCAGGAGUUCCUGGACAGGAAAGAGAUGACGGACAACCUCACCUCCCUCACGCUGGACGUCCUCAGCAAGGCCUGCAGCAGCCGCACCAACAGGCAGAACCUGCAGCACCUCCUGGCGGUGGUCAAAGACUCCCAGUUCCUGAAAGGUACCAUCCCCAUGUUCCUGAUGACGUUGGGCACGAAAGUGGACCGUGAAUCGAGGCAGCAGAGCCUGGCGAAACUCGGGCAGAUCGUCGACCUGUACGUGUCCUUGAUGAGCGUGUUCCCGUCCAGCACCGUCAUUGACGUGUCCCUCGCCGUGGUCCUCCUGGAGCGGGAGUUCACCAACCUGCAAGCGGCAGGUGUCGGCGGCCUGGGGGAGGUGCAGGAGAGCCUGGAGAGGCUCCAGAGGAUGGUCUCCCACCUGCAGGAGAAGAAACGCGAGGGCACCCUCCGCUCGGACGCCUACUCCUUCCUGCUGGGCGUCCAGGACGAGUCGGACGUGGAGAGCUUCAGGCGCAUGUCCGUCUUUCCGACGUACGAGGAUAUACAUGCGACCGAGCGGCCCUUUCUGAGGCCCAACAUUAUCGGCGAGAGCUUCAGGGACUGCGACACCUACCUGGACACACACUUCCGCCUGCUGCGGGAGGACUUCAUCAAGCCCCUUCGUGACGGGAUCUCCCACCUCCUCCGUUUUGAUGGCAAGGACCUGCGCCGCGGCCGCUUCGAUGACAUCCGCAUCUAUUUCGACGCCCACAUCGUCGCUCCGCUGUGCACACCCAAAGGGAUCCUCUACAGGGUCCAGUUCGACAACAAGAAUCUGAAAAUGGUAAACUGGGAGAGCUCCAAGCGACUGCUGUAUGGGGCUCUGGUGUGCCUGUCCAUGGACAACUUCGAGACAAUGAUCUUUGCCACCGUGGCGAACCGCGACGUGAAGGAGCUCAAGGAGGGCGUCACGACACUAUUUUUCACCGAGGAGAACAGGAUGAAGCUGGCGGACGUGUCUGAGAGCAACACCUUCCUCAUGGUGGAGACCACCGCGUUUUUCGAAGCUUACCGCCACGUCCUGGAAGGCCUGCAGGAGAUGAGGGCCAAAGACCUGCCCAUGCAGAAGUACAUCGUCAGCUGCGAUGACAAUAUCUCACCUCCCGGCUACCUGCUGGCCCACCAGCAUGAGUACAGCCUCCAGGCCCUGAUGAACGAUAAGCCACUGAAGGUUGACGAAACCAGUGGGGAGACGUUGCGUCACAGGCUGCGCAGAAUGCAGCUGCACUACAUAAUGGGCAGGGAUUCAGAUCCCGAGGGCACCGAGGCCAAGGAGACUGUGGGCGACAUUCUAAACUUCAAUGACUGGCCAAGCAAAGAACGGCUCAAUCUGGAUGAGUCACAGAUGAAGGCUGUGCAGUUAGCCCUCACCAAGGAGCUAGCUAUCAUACAAGGCCCGCCAGGAACAGGAAAGACAUUUGUUGGUCUGAAAAUCGUCAAGGCCCUCCUGGACAAUGCCCACAUAUGGCAGUCAGGAGGAAGCUCUCCCAUCCUGGUGGUCUGUUACACAAACCAUGCGCUGGAUCAGUUCCUGGAAGGCAUCCUAAAGUUUAUGAAGAAGUCCUCCGGUCUGGUUCGAGUCGGGGGGCGGAGCUCCAGCGAGAAACUGAAGGAGCUAUCCCUGAGCAGCCGGAGGAGAGCGAGCAACUUCAGGCAGAACCUGGCGGGUUACCUGCGGGCCAUGUUCGCCCAGCUCAAUGAUGCCAGAAAGGCCAUGGAGGAAGGCAUCGGGAAGCGGGCGGCCCUGUUUGAAAGCUCCGCUCAGGGUAUUCUUCACGAGAAUGUGCUGGAACAGUACAUCCAGGCUCUCCACGGGACCACGCUGGAAGAAGGACUGCCCACCGGGUUUGGCGGUUACCACCACAGGAAGAGAGGCCGGUCUGUGAUGAUGGAGUGGCUCGGGGUUUCCAUGCUGAGCCAUGCCUCCAGGCAAAUGGAGAUCAUUGUUGACACAGAGGAGGACAGGGAGUACUGGAUGAGUGUGGCGUCUGAUGUAAUGAGAGAUCCUGAGGAGGACCUGGAGCGGCUCACACCAGAUACCACAGGGCAUGAAGAUUUUGGUGAUUUUGAUCUGUACCAGUCUGAGGAUGAGGAGGUGGAGCAUAACAGUGGUGAUGUUGCUGAAGAUCUUGGUGACCACACCAGCAGUGACGGCGACGAUGACUUGACCUCCACCGAUGUCCUCGCAAGAGCGACAGAAGUCCUCUCAUUGGCUGAGCACCAGCGGGAUGAAGACUCCGCGAGCGAGGUGGCCAGCGUGACCACGGACGGGGACGGGGACACGGACGGGGACACGCUGCAGGUGGCGGAGGAGGCGGAGCUGGCGCAGGCCGAGCGGAUGAUGGAGGGGGACGACGUGCAGAAGCACAUCCAGAGCGCCCGCCGGCGGCUGGCGCAGACGCAGAGGGUGGUGCUCGCCUACGUGCCGGAGGAGGAGGAGAGGGAGGACCCCCACGGUGAGGGCUGGGAGAUAACAAGAGACAUGAAGAAGAAGCUGAAGCAUGUGGUGAGGCAGGAGCUUAAGAAAACUGACCACAUGCAGGAGGAGGAUGCAGAGCAGAUUUCCGAGCUCUGGGCUCUGCCAUACAAAGAGCGCUGGCGUCUCUACAGGCUUUGGCUCUCCAAGUAUCGCAGUGAUAUCAGGACCACAAUUUUGGAGUAUGAGAACGAGUACCAAGCAAUUGUUAACCGCAUCGAGGAGCUGAGAAACAUUGAGGACCAGACGGUCCUCAAGGAAGCUAGCGUCAUUGGGAUGACCACCACAUGUGCGGCCCGGUAUAGGAGGGUUCUGCAGGACAUUCGGCCCAGGAUAGUGGUGGUGGAAGAGGCAGCAGAGGUUCUGGAGUCCCACAUCAUCACCACGCUGACCCCUGCCUGCCAGCACCUCAUCCUGAUUGGGGACCACCAGCAGCUUCGGCCAAGCGCUACGGUGUACGAGCUCGCCAGGAACUUCAACCUGGAGGUGUCCCUGUUUGAGCGGCUGAUUCGCAUGGACGUCCCGUACGUCAGGCUGGACUACCAGCAUCGUAUGCGCCCAGAGAUUGCCCGCCUGCUAACACCACACAUCUACGACAGACUGGAGAACCACGCCUCAGUCACACUGUACGAGAACAUUAAGGGGGUGACGACUAAUGUUUUCUUUGUGGAGCACAAGCACCUGGAAGAAAGCAUCCAUGAGGGCCGUAGCCACCAGAACAUGCACGAGGCCACCUUUGUGAAAGCCCUCUGUUACUACCUAAUGUGCCAGGGCUACCAGCCCUCCCAGAUCACCGUGCUCACCACCUACACCGGCCAGCUGUUCUGCCUGAAGAAGAUCAUGCCCAAGAGCAUGUUCCAGGGCGUGAACCUGUGCGUGGUGGACAGGUACCAAGGCGAGGAGAACGACAUCGUCAUCCUCUCCCUGGUCCGGAGCAACAUGGAGGGGAAGACGGGCUUCCUGAAAAUCCCCAACCGGGUCUGCGUGGCCCUGUCGAGGGCGAAGAAGGCGCUCUUCUGCAUCGGGAACAUGUCCAUGCUGUCCACCGUCCCGCUGUGGAGCAAAAUCUCGGGCGUGCUGAGCUACCACGGGCAGCUGGGGGAGGCCCUGACGCUGCGCUGCGAGAAUCACCCGGCCACCGUCAUCGCGGCAACCGAGGCGGAGGACUUCCUCAAGGCGCCCCUGGGCGGCUGCCUGCUGCCCUGCGACUUCCGGCUGGCGUGCGGCCAUGUCUGCACCCGCCUCUGCCACCCCAGCGACGCCGAGCACAAGGAGUUCAAGUGCGCCAAGCCGUGCGCCAAGACCCUGUGUGAGCCUGGCCACCAGUGUCCCAAAAAGUGCUCGGAGGAGUGCGGCGAUUGCCAGGUGCUCAUCGCCAAGACGAUCCCCAAGUGCGGACACGAGCAGGAGGUCCCAUGCUCGGUCGACCCGAAGAACUUCCUCUGCCGCGUCCCCUGCAACAAGACGCUGCCCUGCGGGCACAUGUGCGUCCGCGCCUGCGGCGAGACCUGCACGCGCAACUGCCCCCAGAAGGUGACGGUGGACCUCGGCUGCAGCCACCAGAGGGUCAUGCUGUGCCACGUGAAGCAGGACGCCGACGCGAGGGGGGAGAAGAUCAGGUGCUGGAAGAAGUGUGGAGUCGAGCUGGACUGCGGCCACACCUGCGCCGGGACCUGCUAUGACUGUGCCGCGGGCGCCACCCACCUCCCCUGCCGCUCGCCCUGCGGUGCCCGGCUGAUCUGCUCGCACCUGUGCCGGGGGAGGUGCGGGACGCUGUGCGCGCCCUGCCAGCAGCCCUGCGAGAGCAUGUGCUACCAUGCCAAGUGCCAGCGGCUCUGCUCCGAGGCCUGCCUCCCCUGUGCCAUACCCUGCGGCUGGCGCUGCAAGCACCACAGCUGCUCCCGCCUCUGCCACGAGCCCUGCGACCGGCCGCCCUGCAGCGCCCCCUGCCGCAAGAAGCUGAAGCACUGUGGCCACAGCUGCGUGGGCAUGUGCGGCGAGCCGUGCCCGAAGAAGUGCCGCGUCUGCCACGCCGACGAGGUGCAGGAGCUCUUCUUCGGCAACGAGGCUGAGCCCGAGGCCCGCUUCGUCCAGCUGGCGGACUGCGGGCACAUGUUCGAGGUGUCCGGCUUCGACGCCUGGAUGGCGGAGCCCGAGGCGGAUGGGGCUGUCCGGCCCAAGUCCUGCCCCAAGUGCAGCGUGCCCAUCCGGAGGAGCGUGCGCUACAACAACAUCGUCAAGCGCAUACGUGCGGACAUGGAGGUGGCGAAGAGCAAGGCGGCGGCCAUGUGGACGGAGAGCGUGCAGAGGGCAGUGAAGGAGAGGGAGGAGAAAGGGAUACGGUCUUCCGAAAUCCCGUCCCUUGUCUCUGAGCUGUCGGGCUCCGACUUCGACGUGAGGAAAGCAAUGUUCAUCUACAGGCAGAUUGAACUCCUCUCCAAGCUGGCAGAGAUAAACCACAAUGCCAAGCUCACCCUGCCAUUGGUACAUCAGUUGCAGAUCAAACAAGCGGUAGACCUUUGCAGUAAAAAGAUAGUGACACCAGAAAGCAAAGGGAGUUCCAUGUCCAAGCAUAAGAGGGAAGCUGAAAGGCUUUUGUAUUUAGCUGAAGCGCUGGUGUUAUCUGAGAUCUGUAAGAAAUAUCGAAACGCUGAGAAUCUUCCUUUUCUGAUCCAGCUUUCAAUGCUGCAAGCCAUCAUUAUUAAAUUGAAGAACAGUGAGCUGGCCCUGAACGAUCAGGAAGUGCAAAACAUCCAGAAAAGUCUGCAUGACAUUGCAAAAGAGGUUAAACCGUCCACCAGGUGGAAGAUGGUGGAGGAAUCCAAUGGUCUUGUAAUUGACUGUGAUUUUCUGAAACUGAAUCACUGGCGCAAGUGCAUCGUGGGACAUAUAUACUACAGACUGGGCGCUCACAUCGACACCAAAAAUGACUGCUGUCCUGAGUGUUCCUGAGUGACCAGUUACAUGCAGCAGAGUGAUCUCACGGCUGUCAGAAAUAUGCUUCUCCAACUGCGGAUGGAAACUUAAAGAGCGCCAUGCCAACACCGCAGAGGGAAAAAAUCUUGAGAGGAUCAAAAGUGACUAAAAAAAGACAUUUAUUA